CCUCCCCUGGCUGCCGGCCCUGGCCCUCCUCGGCCUCCUCCUUGCUCGGGUGCCCAACAGCCUGGCCAUGGAGGUCACAGCCCCGACCACCAUUCAUGCGCUGAACGGCUCCUCCGCCCGCCUGGCCUGCACCUUCGUCUCCUGCUACCGAGUGACGGAGAAGCAGUUCUCCCUCAACUGGACCUACCAGGAGUGCUGGAACUGCAGCGAGAUCAUGCUCUUGCAGUUUAAAUCCAAGGUUGUCCCUGUGGAGCAGAACCGCUUUGAGAAUCGCGUGAAGUUCACGGGGAACUUGGCCAAAUACGACGUGUCCUUCACCCUCCAAAAUGUACAGUUGGACGAUGAAGGGUUCUACAACUGCUAUGUGCUGAACCCCCCUGACCGGCACAAGGGCCACGCCAGAAUCGACCUGAGAGUCGUCACGGAAGAGCCCCCCGAGCGGGACUCCACCGUGGCCGUGAUCGUGGGUGCUUCCGUGGGUGGCUUCCUGGCCAUGGUGAUCCUGGCGCUGGUUGUGGUCAAGUGUGUCCGGCGGAGGAAGCAGCAGAAGCUGAACACAGACGACCAGAAGACAGAGGAAGAGGGGAAGACGGACGGUGAGGGCAAUCCUGAGGAGAGCCCCAAGUAGA